AAAGUCUUUUCUGCACAACUUCCUCCAUUUACAACCAAAGGGUAGAAGAAAUUUUCUUCUUCAAUUUUCAUAUUGGAGAUGGGUUCCCAUGUCUCGAAGCAGGUAGAACGUCGGAAGGCGAUCGCGGUGGAAAAACACACACUGUGUGAUCUUCACCAGAGCUGUGGUGAAGAGUUUCCAUCAUGUGCCUACAAGCCUUCGGACAGAAAAAGCUGGAUGGCUGGGAUCAACCCUGAGAAACUUCACAUAAAUAAGAUUGUAUGGCCUGGAACUCAUGACUCUGCAACCAACAAGAUUGGAUUUCCGUUCAUCACUAGGCCUUUUGCUCAGUGUCAAAAUCUGUCCAUCUACCAGCAGCUCGAGAAGGGCGCCAGAGUUCUCGAUAUUCGAAUCCAGAAGGACCGAAAAGUCUGCCACGGAGUCCUCCUCACUUACAACGUUGAUGCUGUGAUCAGCGACGUCAAGAAGUUUUUGUCCGAAACGCAGUAUGAGAUCAUAAUACUCGAAAUCCGAACUGAAUUCGGCCACGAAGAUCCUCCUGAAUUUGAUAAGUACUUGGUUGAUCAGCUCGGCGAGUUUUUAAUCCCCCAAGAUGAUCAUGUUUUCGACAAGACUAUUUCGGAACUGCUGCCGAAGAGAGUGAUAUGCGUGUGGAAGCCGAGGAAGUCACCUCAGCCGAAGGCAGGGAGUCCUCUGUGGAAUGCAGGGCAUUUGAAGGACAACUGGAUCGACACGGACUUGCCAUCCACGAAGUUCGAGAGCAACCUGAAACAUUUGAGUAAUCAGCCGCCGGUUUCAUCAAGGAAGUUCUUUUACAGGGUGGAGAACACGGUCACGCCCAAGGCUGAUAACCCGGUUUUGUGUGUCAAGCCUGUGACGGGACGGAUUCAUGGAUACGCGAGGCUGUUUAUAACUCAGUGCUUCUCUAGAGGUAUUGCGGAUAGGUUGCAGAUCCUUUCUACAGAUUUUAUAGACGAGGAUUUCGUGGACGCUUGCGUUGCGGUUACAUAUGCAAGAGUUGAAGGGAAAGCAUGAAGUUUCCAUGUCUGUGCAGUCUUGUUCUUGUUUUCUGGUUGAUUAAUCUUCCAUCCCACAGUAACUCAAUCCUUUUUACUUUGUUACUAUUUUCUACAUCCAUAGAGUUUGGAUUGUUAUUCUUAAGGGAUAGCGGGAAUAUCAAGGUGGCGGAGUUCCAAACGUAUCACGCGUCGUUCUGCUGUUAGUGUGAUUAUCUGCAGGUUUAUUUAUGUGUUUGUAAUGUAAAAUAUGAAGGGUGUAAAGUAGAUGUAGUGAUCGCACAUUCUUGCUGGAGAAGAAACCUUUUCUGUGAAUAAAAGUUGAUAUGUCUCUGCAGUAAAGCUAAAUAUUCUAAUGAA